AUGGGGUUCCCGGGAAGAGCCCCCAACUAUCCUGCAUCCCCUCAAGCCCCCUGACAAGUGGGCUUUAGAGCCCAAAUGGCAGUGACCGCUUGGGGCCGGCCCCACCUCGUCACCUCUAGGCAGCCCUUCAAGCUUGGGAGGUAGGGAGCACCGACCCUUCAAGCUCUGGCACGGUAGGGAGCACGCACUUCUCUGGAGAUGCAGCAGUUGCAUUCCUCCACGCAUCUCUCCAUUUCCCUUUCUCUCCUUCCCUCUUACUCCGAAGCGUUCUCUCUCCGUACUCCAAAAAUCAGCAAUCACUGCCUAACUCUAAACGCCGGGUUUAUUGAAAUUGGUGUGUGUUUAUAUGUAGUGGGUGUGGGUUUUGCUUGCUUUGUUUUUUCCUUAUUUUUGAAAUCGGGCUGUAGGGCUGCAGAGUCCAGUAGGUAGCCCUUAGCCACAGGUGAGUACUGAGCACUUGAAAUGUGCCCGUCCGAACUGAAAUGUGACCUAAGUGUAAAAUACCAGAGUUCGAAUGCUUAGUAUUUAUUUUUUAAAACUUGUAAUAUUUUAUUAAUAUUUUUUAUUGAUUAUAUGCUGAAAUGAUAAUAUUUGUGAUAUCUUGGGUUAAAUAUAAGAUUAAAAUUCAUUUUAAUGUGUUUCUUUUUACUUUAUGUGGCCAUGAGAAAAUUUUAAAUUGUAUGUGGUGGUUUUCACAUUAUAUGUUUAUUGGACAGAGCUGCUUUAGAAUCUAGGAUGUUUUGCUUUUUAUUGUUUUUGUUUUGUUUGUGGUUUAUUAUGUGUUAUCAAGAAUGUUUUAUAUCAAACUCAAUACAAUUCAGUUUCUCCCACUCUCAGUUUCUCUCACGGGAAGACUGUUAAGUAGAGGAAAUGUGUGCUAUUUUUGCCACAAUAAAUUGAACCAAAAGACUGUUAAAUGGCCAGAAAUUGUAAAUGGCUUUCACUUACUGGUUUGUACAGGUUUUAAGGGAAGGUUAACAUUAGUUUCUGUUUUCAGAAGAACAUUACAACCACGUGCCAUAGACCUGUAACUGUGUAUUAGUCAAUGGGUCUGGUCACUAGUCUUGUGUAUUUUACUUCCUACAGGGAUUUAACUAGGCCCAGCAUUCAGUUCUUAGUGAGUUAACAUCCAUGAUUACAACAUUCUCUUCUCCUCCUCCUAUAUCUAAUGUGAAAAUACGUCAUCACAGAUGCCUGAUUGGCCAGAAGCUUGAAAGAAAGGAUGUCUUAAGAGAAGCUGAAAUUUUACACAAAGCUAGAUUUAGUUACAUUCUUCCAAUUUUGGGAAUUUGCAAUGAGCCUGAAUUUUUGGGAAUAGUUACUGAAUACAUGCCAAAUGGAUCAUUAAAUGAACUCCUACAUAGGAAAACUGAAUAUCCUGAUGUUGCUUGGCCAUUGAGAUUUCGCAUUCUGCAUGAAAUUGCCCUUGGUGUAAAUUACCUGCACAAUAUGACUCCUCCUUUACUUCAUCAUGACUUGAAGACUCAGAAUAUCCUAUUGGACAAUGAAUUUCAUGUUAAGAUUGCAGAUUUUGGUUUAUCAAAAUGGCGCAUGAUGUCCCUCUCACAAUCACGAAGUAGCAAAUCUGCACCAGAAGGAGGGACAAUUAUCUAUAUGCCACCUGAAAACUAUGAACCUGGACAAAAAUCAAGGGCCAGUAUCAAGCAUGAUAUAUAUAGCUAUGCAGUUAUCACAUGGGAAGUGUUAUCCAGAAAACAGCCUUUUGAAGAUGUCACCAAUCCUUUGCAGAUAAUGUAUAGUGUGUCACAAGGACAUCGACCUGUUAUUAAUGAAGAAAGUUUGCCAUAUGAUAUACCUCACCGAGCACAUAUGAUCUCUCUAAUAGAAAGUGGAUGGGCACAAAAUCCAGAUGAAAGACCAUCUUUCUUAAAAUGUUUAAUAGAACUUGAACCAGUUUUGAGAACAUUUGAAGAGAUAACUUUUCUUGAAGCUGUUAUUCAGCUAAAGAAAACAAAGUUACAGAGUGUUUCAAGUACCAUUCACCUAUGUGACAAGAAGAAAAUGGAAUUAUCUCUGAACAUACCUGUAAAUCAUGGUCCACAAGAGGAAUCAUGUGGAUCCUCUCAGCUCCAUGAAAAUAGUGGUUCUCAUGAAACUUCAAGGUCCCUGCCAGUUCCUCAAGACAAUGAUUUUUUAUCUAGAAAAACUCAACACUGUUCUUUUAUGAUGCUGCAUCGCUGUCCUGGAAAUCACAGUUGGGAUAGCACCAUUUCUGCGUCUCAAAGGGCUGCAUUCUGUGAUCACAAGACCACUCCAUGCUCUUCAGCAAUAAUAAAUCCACUCUCAACUGCAGGAAACUCAGAACGUCUGCAGCCUGGUAUAGCCCAGCAGUGGAUCCAGAGCAAAAGGGAAGACAUUGUGAACCAAAUGACAGAAGCCUGCCUUAACCAGUCGCUAGAUGCCCUUCUGUCCAGGGACUUGAUCAUGAAAGAGGACUAUGAACUUAUUAGUACCAAGCCUACAAGGACCUCAAAAGUCAGACAAUUACUAGACACUACUGACAUCCAAGGAGAAGAAUUUGCCAAAGUUAUAGUUCAAAAGUUGAAAGAUAAUAAACAAAUGGGUCUUCAGCCUUACCCGGAAAUACUUGUGGUUUCUAGAUCACCAUCUUUAAAUUUACUUCAAAAUAAAAGCGUGUAAGUGACUGUUUUUCAAGAAGAAAAGUCGUUUUAUAAAAGGAUAUUUAUAUCUCUGUUGCUUUGACUUUUUUUUAAAUAUAAAAUCCGUGAGUAUUAAAAGCUUUAUUGAAGGUUCUUCUUUGGGUAAAUAUUAGUCUCCCUCCAUGACACUGCAGUAUUUUUUAUUAAUUAAUACAAGUAAAAAGUUUGAAUUUUGCUACAUAGUUCAAUUUUUUAUGUCUCCUGUUAACAGAAACCACUUUUAAAGGGUAAUAAUUAUUAUUCUUGUUCAUAACAGUACCUUAAGGUAUGAUGUAUUUCUGAUAGAAGCCAUUUUCACAAUCAUGUUCUUCGUGGAUUAUUUGUUACUCGUCUAAGAUGCAAUUUGAUUUUAUGAAGUAUAUACUGUUUUACCCACCAGAAACAGUACAGAAUCUCUGCCCUAAAAUCCCAGGCUUAAUUGCUCUACAAAGGCUUAUGAAUUUAAAACUCCAUUAAUAGGAUUACAUUUUAAAGUUUUAUUUAUAAAUUCCCUUUAAAAAAGAUAUUUCAAAGGUAAAACAAUACAAUAUAAAGAAAAAAUAAAUAUAUUAAUACCGGCUGUCUGUCUCCAUUUUUAACCUCAGCCUUCCCUACUGUCACCAA